AUGUCCAAACCAGUUAUCUUUGCAGAAAUCUUGCCAAACAUAAAGUCUAUGAAUCUUACUCUUGGCCUACCCUCAAAUAAUAACCCAUUAUCCUUUAAUCUUGGCAUAUACGCUUCAAAACUAACCUUUGAACAGAAACAGCCACCGCAACGCGCGUCUUCUAUCUCCACCUUACAUCUAUCCAACCUUAUAGAAGCCACUGAAAACCCUUCUAUAACAAGUACAAAUGACGGUCUAGACAUCAAACUCCGUCUAAGAACUUAUGUUCGCAAAAAACCUACCAGACAAACCAUAGGUAGUGAUAUUAUUCCGCCGUUAACCGCUAAAGAACUCGGACCGCUAAAAAGCAUUUUAUGUUCUUGGUGUAAAUUUCCGUUGGUGAAUAGUAACGCAUUUAUUAAAGUUAUGGAUUUGCCGUCAGAGCAUUGGUUGGAGUUGCUUGAUUGUUGGAUGUGCCAUCAAGAAGAUUAUCAACAGGCUCUGUUGGGUGAUGUGAUUGCCAAAGAAAAGAUUGCUAUGGUCGGAAACACGUACAUUCUCGUUCAUCCAUCGGAUAUUUUGAAGCCUGCUUUGGACCUUGAAGAUGGAAUGUCUGCUGUCGAUCCAGUCGAUACUCCUGGUCCUAAAUUAACAAGCGAACUGUGGUUAACUGGAUUAUCUAGAAAAUGGUUAAAAAUGUGCUGUUCUAGAUGUCUUGCAUCGGUUGGUGAAGGUCUUUAUACCAUUGCUGCUGAAGAUUUAGAAGAUAAUAAUGAAUCUUCUACAGGUUGCGGGUCCGCGCCAACUUUACUUGCAGUCAAAUUUAACAAGUAUAUGACAGUUGUUGAAUUAUCCGCUCCGGAGAAUCGGGCCAAAAUCGUAACCCAUAGUUUUGCUCCAUUUGUUGCUGCUAAUUUUCUGGAAGCCGCUAAAGCACACGCGACUUAUCGUUUUGUGAUUGAAUCCAAUACUUAUGAUUUGCAUCCUCAUAAUAAAGUUCAACCUUAUUUACUGGUCGAUUUUCUUUCUGUGCAGAUUUGGUUGUUUUCUUGGGAUACUAAAAUCUUGACAAACGCCUUAGAAGGUGAUGAUGGUGAUAAUACCACGAGUUGGCAAAAUAAAUUUUCACCGCGUGUGAUGAUGGGUCAACAAGGUCCGGGACAGGUGAUGUGGAGCGAUAUGAAAGCAAGGGACGUGCUCAAAAUAUUGUACAUCGAUUGUACCAUCAUGCGAACAGAAAAGGAAGACCGAACAUCAACUCAGAGCAGUCUAAUCGAACAAUGGGAAAAAGACAAAUCCGUGGAACAUUUUACAUAUCGCGAAGAAAUCUGUUUAGAGAUAUUACUAAUGCUUCGAUUGAGUACGAGUUCUCUUCCGCCUAGUCAGAGAAAAGCCAUGGACGGACAAUUUUCUGUGGGAUUUUUAGAUCGAGUUGAUUUUUAA